AUGGCUGCAGCUGUCCCACAAGCUCAAGUCCAGAUCGUCGGUGGUGUUCCUGCUACUGCUGGUGAAUUCCCGUUCAUUGUCAGUUUGCAACGCGGUGGCUCUCAUUUCUGCGGAGGCUCUCUUUUGAAUGCCAACACCGUGGUGACUGCAGCUCAUUGCGCUGUUGGCCAGUCGGCCUCCAACCUCAGGGUUCGCGCAGGAAGUCUUCAAAAAGCAUCCGGUGGAACCUUGUCCAAUGUUGCCUCUAUCACCAUCCACCCAAGCUUCUCUAGCUCCACUUUGAACAAUGAUGUUGCCAUCCUCAAGCUCUCUACGCCUAUUCCUACGAGCUCCACCAUUGGAUAUGCUGCUCUACCAGCCUCCGGGUCUGACCCUGCUGCCGGCUCCGGAGCCACCGUUGCUGGAUGGGGAACUACCAGCUCGGGCGGUUCCAGCCCUGCAGCUCUCCGAAAGGUCGAUGUUCCCAUCGUCGCCCGCACGACCUGCCAGAGCCAGUACAGCGUCUCUGAGAUCACCAACAACAUGUUCUGCGCUGGUCUCACCGCUGGAGGCAAGGACUCCUGCCAGGGAGACAGCGGCGGCCCAAUCAUCAACACCUCCAGCCGUGUUCUCAUCGGACUUGUUUCCUGGGGUGAGGGCUGUGCUGCACCAAACAAGCCUGGUGUUUAUGCCCGCGUUGGCACCCUCCUUCCGUUCAUUCAGAGCAACUUGUAA